AAAAGAACGCUCCAGCAUUUGGCGAUUCGAAAGCAAGCUCAGUGCGUCAGUCGUCUUCAAACUGGUCUGCCAGUCGCACGGAAGUUACUGGAUUUCGUCCUAUUCUAGAUACGUUUUCGUAGAGCAAUCGGAAAGGAAACAGCCGCUAUCAUGAGAGGUUUCGGAUUGUUGGCUAUUUUUUCCUGUGUCUGGAUUCUUUUGGUCAUCCUCCUGUCAGUCGAAGGUGUCCCGUUAGCUGGCAAAACAGGUGACGUUUCCAUGCCAACAGAACCCGAGAAAAUGACAAACAAAACAUCAUCUGUCUAUGAUUACGUUACUCCUGAGGUCAUGUCUACAGUAGUCGGUGCUGCUUUAGGCGAUCAAGAUUGCCUCCGCUAUUCGGCCUGUUUAGCCGGAAACUACGUUGCCGAUGUUACGGGCAAAGAAAUCGUUUUGAUGGUUCUGGACCGUUGGGUUCCCAAUAGCUGGCAAAACACAUUGCGUGCAUUCAAAGAAGCCGCCACCUACAAGGACGAUUGCAAGAAGCAGUUCCCUUGCGCUAAUCCGCGAGAUGAGUAAACUUGACCGUCAUCUCUACGGACUCAACAGUUCCGGCAAUAUUUUGUUGUUUGUUUACUCUUAAUUUAAUGAUGAUAAUUUUAUAUUAUUUACGGAUGCGUCUUUAUACGUUGAGUGGUCGUUGAUCGAUCACAUUCUUCCACAGAAAAUAAAAUCUGUAUUUGUUCCUA